CUUGUAGGGACUCGUCGGUUGUUUUUUUCCUCUCUUCCCUUCUUUCCCUUCUCUGAUUUUCUCACCGUCUUGUCUGCCCUCUCUGCGCUCUCUCACCCCGUUCCCCGUGUGUGCUUGUUCCGUCUGCUGCUGCAGCCCUGGUCCAGCAACAUCCGUCAUUGGUCUUGCUGCUAGUUCGCUGCAACUUGCAAACCCACCUCACCACACACCCACUAUUUUGGUCCUCGGUCUCUAAUCCGCCCUGGUCUAGCUGCAUAUUCAGCGACCCUGCCGUAUCUCAUAUUAUUAUUAUAUCUCGAAUACCACCUCCUGGGACCCAACAAUUUUCCCUUACGUCGCACACAAGACAAAGACCCCUCGGACGAAGAGACACCAUACUAAACCUCUUGACGGCUGGAGCCCGUACGAAAAUAUCCCGUUUCCCUCUUCGCUUCGCUUCGAGCUCCACGCCUACUUCAGUCUGUGCCUUUGAGCGCCAGUGUGGUGUAUCUCAAGCCCGCGCAUUACAUCCUUGACCCCACGUUCGAAAGUCUUCGAUCGCAAGCCGUGCGAGCGCGGCCAGCUAGCCUGAACACCUACACCUACCUCUCCAAUAGCCUUCGUUCGACCUCGUUGGCAAUUGGUCCUCUGCCAUAGCUAGCUAGCUAGUCACUUACUUUGAAAAACACCCAGUAUCACGUACCGACGACCAAUUACCUCGAUUCGGUAGUCCUGUGAGACUGUGACAUCACAACACGCCUCUCGACUAUGGCACCUGGUGUACUUAAUUCGGACGGCUCAAUGGAGGACCAAAACGGACAGACUGCCCCGACGAACGGGCUGGCCGGCACCGCCGCUGGCCGUCUCCAUGCUAUCGAUCCCACUGUAGACACACUCACCCUCCUGCGCAGCUUGCCUGAGCCUCCUAUAGAGGCCCAGGUGUGCGUGGUUGGUGCUGGCCCCGCUGGUUUGAUGCUGGCUGCCAAUCUCGGGCGCUUUGGAAUCAAGGUCGAGCUUAUUGACGACAGAGCUGACCAGACGCCUGUUGGAAGAGCAGACGGACUGCAGCCCAAGACGAUCGAGACAUUCCGUCAAAUGCGCCUCGCCGACCCUCUGCUCCUCCGCGGUGUUCGUGUCUACGAUAUUUCCUUCUGGCGAAGCACUGCCGAUGAGCCGCUGCACAGACUGGGCCGCGAGGUACACUACCCUCCCGUCAUCGACGUCCUCGAUCCCUACAUUUUGCUCGUUCACCAGGGUAUGGUUGAAGGCAUCUUUAUCGAUGACUUGAAGAAGCGCGGGGUCGAGGUACGGAGGAAUACUGCAUUCGAGUCCUAUAGCGUUCCGGAGAACAAGGCGGGGCCCCUACAGGUCAACUGUCGCACAAACGUAACCCAAGACCGGCGGACAAUCCUUACACAGUACUUGGUUGGAUGUGACGGUGCCCACUCCAAAGUACGAAAGAGCAUUCCUGAUGCGCGGGCCAUUGGCCUUUCGCAACCAGCAAUCUGGGGUGUUCUCGAUGGCGAACUCAUCACUGAUUUCCCAGACAUUUGGUCCAAGACGCUGGUGUAUUCCCAGGAAUACGGCUCUAUUUUGAUUAUCCCGAGAGAGAGAAAUAUGACCCGUUUCUACAUUGAGCUUAAGGCGAAUCCCAAGGCCGACAAGCGAGAGCUUGGCCAGGAAUUCGUCAUGGCUCGAGCGAAGAAGAUCAUGGCGCCUUUCGAGGUCGACUGGAAGUAUAUUGAGUGGUUCGGACGUUACCAGAUUGGUCAGAGAGUGGCCAGUCGGUUCACCGACCCCCAUCUGAGGGCGUUCCUCGCUGGUGAUGCCAGUCACACGCACUCCCCCAAGUCUGCUCAGGGCAUGAACACCUCUAUGCACGACUCGUGGAACAUCGCGUGGAAGCUCAACCUGAGCAUUCGAGGACUCGCGAAGCAAUGCCUGCUCGAGAGUUACGAAGAAGAGCGGAGAAAGAUCGCUGUUGACCUGGUCAACUUCGACUACGAGCACGCCAAUCAGAUUGCGGGAGGUGACGCGGUAGCACUGUCAGAAAACUUCAAGACGAAUGUCCGUUUCAUUUCUGGCAUCGGUGCUGAGUACUCUGAGAGCCCCCUGAACAGGCCCGACUCUCAAGGCCUCAUUAUGGGAGAUGCCAGACCUGGCUGCUUGCUUCCUCCGGCCAAGGUCACAAGAUACAUCGACUCGAAUCCUGUGGAUAUUCAGCUCGACAUCCCGAUGCUCGGACAGUUCCGCAUCUACCUUUUGAUGUGGGACAUCCAGGCGUCGAGCCCUUUCCUGGAGACUUUCUGCCAGUCCAUCGCCUCGGCCAACUCUUUCAUCAGCAAGCUCUCAGCCUCGGCUAGUGCUUCUUACGCUGCGCAGCCUAGACUGCCAUCGUCUGAAGACAUCUACUACCGGCCCGAGAGAUACACGGCCGUCAGCCAUCUCUUCACAUUUGCCUUGAUUACUACAAUGCCCAAAGAUGAUGUGGAGAUUUCUGACCUGCCUGCCCUGCUGCAGGACAGCCGCUGGACCUUCUACCUGGACGACAUUCCAGAACAGGACACGCGUGGCCAGCUCUGCACGAACAAGUGGCUUGGAAGCCUCGGUCCCGGUGAGGUUUCCAUUGUCAACGUACGACCUGACGGCUACGUGGGUUCCGUUGGCCGAUGGGAUUCCAGCAUGGACGACGCCGGCGAGGAGGCUGCUCGCUGGCUGGACGAAUACUACGGCGGCUUCCUCCAAUUACCUGGCGGCGCAUCGCCUACCCCUACCGCAACCCCCAUGGCAGUUUAGACACAGAUUCCUUUAAUUUUGAGUCCGAUUCAGGGACAUUCUUACUCGGGCAUAUUUGUACCAUACAAAUCCCACUUCACACGACAAACGCGAACACAUAAUCCACAGCCUGAAAGACACCAGGCAUGCAAGGAAAGACGCAGACAUGAAAUCAUCACUUUCUCUCUUCCAACUUAUCCGGCAGGUGUUGGGGAGUGUGGCGGCGGUACGGUUGUUAUCACGGCAUUUUCAGGAGCUAAAGGGGACAGUCGCUAAGUGCGCUCUGUUGCAAAGCAGGGGUACUUGGAUCUCAAUUUUGUUGUUUUUUUUCCACCAUAGCUGAGCUUUUCAGGGAUGAGAUUUACCACAUGAGGCAGACACAUGUCAAUAGAUGGAAUAUUUCAUUGCAGAUCCCCUGCUUUGGGUCAACUCCCCCGGCCAGAUUAAGCUCCACGAGCCCACGUAUGCAGUGAGCUAGGACAAUCAUCGUGAGAACAUGACACCACGUUUGGGAGGGUUCAUGCGAGCUGUCAUCUUCCAUUUCCCCAUGUACCCACCCUGAGCAGUAAGCAUCCGGGAUCUUGUUCCCUCCGAAGGAACCGGCCGGCCUGCCGCUACCCUGCCCGGAGCCUGCAUGCACUACAAGAGGGAGUAGCUUUGUAAGGCGUAGGCUGGAGGAGGUGGUUGGGGCCGUCACCGCCCAGCAGCAUGCCGUUGGUCAUCAAUGAGGGUGCUGCGGGGUUUCGGGACAUGAGCAUGAUUCGAUUCCGAUAGGGCUGGCGUGAGGUUAUCGUCUGAUAUGAUGGAGAUCUAGACCUCCCACGCCAUGCCAUACGCCCAAGCUGGUAAUGUACCUGGAUAUUGUGCGCUAGAGGGAGUUCGCUUCAUGAACGUCUUCCUACCUUGUUCCGCAUGUCGUCUGCUGGCUAGUAGGCAUCGGCUUGGGGUUGCGCCCGCUGCUUAGAGGCCUGCUUGUACGAACUCGCUUUCCGUUGAUGUCUUGUGGUUUUGCCCUAUCUUGUUUGGUUCGUUUCUUUGGGUCGUGGGAGUACAUGUUUGUUGUGGAGGAUUUUGAGGUGAUUUGCUGGGAUGGACAGACAGUGUCAGCGCAGCUGUUCGGCUGGGUGAGUUUACUAUGCCGACGACGUCCGUGGUCCGGGUGACUCCACUGCGGUGCGUCGGCUCCGGUGGGAUGAUGACCGGAGCCCUCGUCACGACCGGCUUUUCGGAGGGGUGUUGGCCGUUGGUCGUUGGAGGAGGCCCGGGAGCUUUAGGACCUGCGGAGUUUGGGGUUUCCGACCUCACCUUGUUGAGGGAGAUGCGCAAUAUGUGCUUCUGCUAUUUGACUUUGAGGUACUGGGUAGCUUGUAGCUCACCUCAUUGGCCUGCGAAGAUAUCUAAGAUUACUCUCUCAGGCCCCGCUGGAGGUGAGUGGCGGAGGAGUAGGACGG